AAUGAGACAGUUAUACUACACCGUGCUAGAUUGUUCUUAAUCUAUCUUCUUCAUUUUUAUCAUCAAUUUAAAAUAACUUUUUUUUUCUAAAUAAAAAUCACACGAAAUUUUGUGCAUAAAUCAACUAAAAGCAAACAAAAAGUGCCAACCCAAUAAUCAAUUACUCCCCGAAAGACCUUGAAGUUAACCUAAAAGUAAAAAUAAAUUAAAAUAGUGGUUUCCCAAGGAAGAAGCACCGUAAGCCGCCUUCUACGAGUAAAUUAGUUUAUGUUUUUCAAGUUAAUUCUUGUCGAGAAGUUGUGAAUUGAGAGAAAAUUGCGAAUUGCAAUAAUGUCGCAUACGAUUCUUCUGGUUCAGCCUGGACUCCGGCCGGAAACACGAACCUACAGCGACUAUGAGAGUGUCAACGAGUGUAUGGAGGGAGUUUGUAAAAUCUACGAGGAGCACCUGAAACGUCGCAAUCCAAAUACCCCCACCAUCACAUACGACAUAAGUCAGUUGUUCGACUUUGUGGACCAACUGGCGGACAUCAGUUGUUUGGUCUACCAAAAGUCCACAAACACAUACGCUCCCUACAACAAGGAAUGGAUAAAGGAGAAGAUCUACGUUCUUCUGCGGCAGGCAGCCGGCAGUACAGAUUAGGAGAAAGAAAAACAUACAACAACAAAUUUACUUUAAAUGUCUCAACUUAUGAACACCUAACUUACUAAUUAUUAUUGCUCUUUUUUCAAUUGACUUUUAAUUCUAGUUGGAUGUUCGGUUCUCGUAUGCGCGGUUUGUUUUCUGCUCAGAAUUCAACGUAUUCUAGGAAGAAUGAGUGAAGAAAUUAGUUCUUCUUUCUAAUUAUUCUUCUAUUAAAGUAUUUAUUUUUUGAUAUGCUACUUCAUGAUGAAAAAAGCUUACAAGAUUAUAGAAGAGAGGUCAAUUGAUAAAAGAUAACAGUGUUUUCUAUGCAAUGAAUUGAAAUUGUUUUUUUUGUUUACCUAUUUUUUAAGUCUUAACUUAACAUAGAUUAGAUAUUCUUCUGUAUCUUUGGACUUGAGUUGAGAUUUAUAAUGCAUUUCUUCUUAUUACUUAUUGACUUUUGAGAAAAAAAAAACAACUAAUUUAAUUAUGAAAUCAAACCCAACCAAACGAGUAUGAGUUUUCCUUUUUAAGUUAAGAAAAACUUGAAAAACUAAA